AUUGCGCCUGUUUGCAAAUUAGCUAGCAAGUUAGGUAGCUUUGGUCAAAUCUUGUUGCAAAUGCAAACAAAAUAAAUUUACCUUCAGUUUAAAACUGGCUGUACUUCCAAUUUAAUUUGUAGCGAAAGCGAAUAUCACGUGUAUACAGGAUGCUUUCUGGCUAUCAAAAAUAAAGCUGAUGACUAUACCACCUGCUGUCCACAACCGGAAGGGUUUCGGCGCGCUAUUUCUCCAGAACAAACAUACUAUACAAGAGCAGCUCAUUACCAGUCAUGACCAGGAGGUGGCGAUAUUGACUGAGAAAUUUUGGCGCUUACAGACUAAUUCCACCAGUCUGCAACUUUUGUUUAGUUACAUUAGAAAACCAGCUGAAAGUUUAUCCUGUUUACACCAGAGAAAGAUAAAUGAGCUGGAGUCAGAGAAACAACAAGUGGGAGAGAAGUCAUCUGCAGGCAUUGUUGAAGCAACAUGAAGUGCAGCAGGUCCAUGUCCAGCUGGAAGAGGUUCAAGGUCUGCUGAAGGUCAUGACGACAGAGGCAGAUGAUCAGAUGAUGAGCGCAGAACUGGAAAAUGUCCUGCAUAUUGUCCCAAAUCACAGCUGCACUGUGGACACGCAACAGUAUUUGACUAACCAGAUCGAGCCGCUCAGAGGGGAGAAUCAGCAACUGAAGGCUGCAUUGAGACAGGCAGAGCUCAGACUCAGCAUAAUGGAAGGAGAGAAGGCCUGUCAGCACGCUGUGCUCUCAGAAAAGAUCUGCAAUGUUGAUCAGCUUAGUUUAGAGAAACAGCAGAUGACCGCUGAGCUGGGAGUGCGGCGUAUGCAGCUUACCCAGCUGAAAGAGGGACAGAAAGCUUUGAAAGAGCUUCUCGGCAGUAAGACCUGUGAGCUGGAACGAGAGAACCUGAAACUCAAGACCCAGCUGAGGACUGUACGGGCUGAGCUGGACCAGGCCAACAGUUCCUUGAGAGCACUGGAGGGAGCUGACGGGCAUGGUCUUAAGAUUGCUCUGGGAAUGCAGAAACAGAUCACUGCUAAAAGGGAGCAGACUGAUUUCCUGCAAAGCCAAAUUCAGCUGCUGGAGGAGAACAUAGAGAAGCUCAAGAUGGAGAAGCACCGUCAGGCAUUACUGGUUAUGACGCAGACACAAGAGCUGUUGUCAGAGAGGGAGAGCAGGAGAAGAUUGGAGUCUGAAGUGGAGGCUCUGUGCUCACAAGAGCGAGAGCUCAAAGACAAAGCUGAGAAACUGGAAGCAGCUUUAUUCAAGACGUCUGACAGUUUUGCUGAAUGCCAAGAAUUUAUUCAGAAGCAGGAGCUAAUGAGACUGAAACUGCAGCAUGCAUUAGAUAUAAAGGAAUUGCAAAGCCAGAACUUGCGUAACAUCUCCAGAUCUCCAGUCAGCAUACAUACUCAUCUUCCCCUCGCUCAGCAUAACGUUAAUGGCCUAAUGGAGAUGAGAGUCUCUGACCCCCUUGUGGAGCUGAAGAGUUUUGUAAGAGAGCUGCGUGGUGGGAUUGCAGAAGAGCAAGGACCACACACUACCUUGAGCUUCAGGAGGAGACCUGAGGAAGACCACAAAUCUAGACAACCGACAGAAACUAGAGGUGCCAAAAGUACCACAAGGUCAAUUGGGAGAAUAACCAGUUACAGUGAGCCAGGGACCUUCAGAACUGCUGAACCUAAUAAGCAUGAUAACAACAGCCCUUUAUCAGAUGACAAUAAUGCAGUAAACCUUGUGACAGGACGCAGGUCUCCUGUGCACCUUCUCCUCACUUCUGAUCUUCCCGCGGACAGAAACUGUUGGCUGAAGAUGGAGCGCCCUGUCAACGCUAAUCAGAUAUCUGCCAACAAUCAAGAUGAGCUCACAGGACAGGCAUCUCAGAAAAUCAAGCUGGACAGGCCGUAGAAGCUAUCUUCAUCUGAAGGAUGAUGACAAUGAUGAAGUGGAGCCUGCGGUGUUUGAGCCUCUGAUCCUGUUCUUCUGUUCAUCCUCAGAGAAGAUAGUGCUGAGAAACUACACAU